AAGGCUUGUAUAGCUUCAAAGGACUUGAUAGAAACCGGCCCUGAAAGAGUACAACUUUCAACUUAUACUCGGCUUCUUGAACCGUGAGAGACCUUCGAAUCGGUGAUCUUUGUUCCAAAGCUUUGAAUAGGUAUGGAGAUUUUUGUUGCCCCAUGCAACAAUACUGGGGACAACUGUGUGAACAGUACGAUGAGCAAGAACUUGGGCAUAUGGUGUAGGUGAUGCAUAGCUUUGUGGUGGCGAAGAGUUUGGCUUAACAUUUCCUGUUGGUGUUGAUUUUGUUUAAAACAUCGAUUGUUCAGAUGGGGCAGGACGAUAGUGCGCCAGGCACAUGUUGUCACAGCGAAUUACAAAUUGCGAUGGACAGAUAGCAGGUGACUGUGUUGAAACAUUAGGAGGAUAGUGCUGUUGACAAUAAGGUUGUUGGCAUUGCGGAAUGCAGCUGACAGAGCAACUGCUUGGACAUAAGCUUGGCAUCGGCGGAGACACCUUACGACAAAAAGAUGGGCACGAUGGUGAUGGUAGGCAGUUGAAACAGCAUCAUGGGUAACAUCAUCAGUGAGCUGGGAAGGGAUUUAACAACAGGGUCGCUUCAUGCUCUUGAAUUUUGUUUCUAGUGUUUGGAAGUGAUAUUGAUUACUUACAUUAUUUUUCUAAAUGGUUGUUGACGGGCAGUUUUUUAUCUUGAAUUUUAAAACAUGCAGCGGUUAAGUCAACUAUCUGGAUAAACGUUUUCAUAGCACACACAUUGAGAUCAACAUGCAUACCUUGAAUUUGAUAAACUGGAUGCUGGCUAACAGCGAAAAUGAGUCCAGAUUCCUUUGUUGCUUUUUUGACAUGUUCAACACAAAGCCGACACAACGGUUGAAACUGACAGAGUUUUUGCGCGUGUGUGCUAGUACCAAAUCCAAGUCAGAUGUCUUUUUCUUAGCUGUUGCACGUGAGUGCUGCAGAUGAAACUUGCAUUUAGUUUGAAUUGAUGGAUAGUUUUUGUGUUUAUCAAAGGUGUGCUGUAAUAAUAUUACUUAGUUUACUUUUUCAAAUGCUAAUUUUCCUUUUUAAUGAAGUAUUUUUUGUUGCUGUUUUUUGGUUCAAUUUAACGACUAAAGUAGCCGGGGGAAAUCCCCGACCUAAGUGAUAACCCUGAAAUUAUCUGACAAUUUUAAUGUGCUGUACAUCUCCCCCUAUCAUUUCUAAAUAUUGGGCUACAUUCUCUGAAGGGCAGACAUCUUAAAUCAAGUCCCACACUGAGUGGGGAUCCAGAGGGCCUGGACCUAUCAACUAUGUACUACACAUUACGAUUGUCUUGAAUUCAUAAAAAUUGUUUGUUUUUCAUUAUGUCAGUAGAAAAAAAGAAAAAUCUAAUUGUUAUGCACUUCAACACACAUUCAUUUAGGUGAUUCACAAAACCUAAUCCUCAGUUGCUUGCCAUACAAUAUUUAAUAUAUUUGUCUGUUUGUCACAAAGAAAGAACUAAAAUUUGGUCUUUUUGCCAUUAAAAGUGUUCAUAUUUCUGUAUUUAGGGCCAUCAUUUUUACUUANGAUUUUGUUUAAAACAUCGAUUGUUCAGAUGGGGCAGGACGAUAGUGCGCCAGGCACAUGUUGUCACAGCGAAUUACAAAUUGCGAUGGACAGAUAGCAGGUGACUGUGUUGAAACAUUAGGAGGAUAGUGCUGUUGACAAUAAGGUUGUUGGCAUUGCGGAAUGCAGCUGACAGAGCAACUGCUUGGACAUAAGCUUGGCAUCGGCGGAGACACCUUACGACAAAAAGAUGGGCACGAUGGUGAUGGUAGGCAGUUGAAACAGCAUCAUGGGUAACAUCAUCAGUGAGCUGGGAAGGGAUUUAACAACAGGGUCGCUUCAUGCUCUUGAAUUUUGUUUCUAGUGUUUGGAAGUGAUAUUGAUUACUUACAUUAUUUUUCUAAAUGGUUGUUGACGGGCAGUUUUUUAUCUUGAAUUUUAAAACAUGCAGCGGUUAAGUCAACUAUCUGGAUAAACGUUUUCAUAGCACACACAUUGAGAUCAACAUGCAUACCUUGAAUUUGAUAAACUGGAUGCUGGCUAACAGCGAAAAUGAGUCCAGAUUCCUUUGUUGCUUUUUUGACAUGUUCAACACAAAGCCGACACAACGGUUGAAACUGACAGAGUUUUUGCGCGUGUGUGCUAGUACCAAAUCCAAGUCAGAUGUCUUUUUCUUAGCUGUUGCACGUGAGUGCUGCAGAUGAAACUUGCAUUUAGUUUGAAUUGAUGGAUAGUUUUUGUGUUUAUCAAAGGUGUGCUGUAAUAAUAUUACUUAGUUUACUUUUUCAAAUGCUAAUUUUCCUUUUUAAUGAAGUAUUUUUUGUUGCUGUUUUUUGGUUCAAUUUAACGACUAAAGUAGCCGGGGGAAAUCCCCGACCUAAGUGAUAACCCUGAAAUUAUCUGACAAUUUUAAUGUGCUGUACAUCUCCCCCUAUCAUUUCUAAAUAUUGGGCUACAUUCUCUGAAGGGCAGACAUCUUAAAUCAAGUCCCACACUGAGUGGGGAUCCAGAGGGCCUGGACCUAUCAACUAUGUACUACACAUUACGAUUGUCUUGAAUUCAUAAAAAUUGUUUGUUUUUCAUUAUGUCAGUAGAAAAAAAGAAAAAUCUAAUUGUUAUGCGCUUCAACACACAUUCAUUUAGGUGAUUCACAAAACCUAAUCCUCAGUUGCUUGCCAUACAAUAUUUAAUAUAUUUGUCUGUUUGUCACAAAGAAAGAACUAAAAUUUGGUCUUUUUGCCAUUAAAAGUGUUCAUAUUUCUGUAUUUAGGGCCAUCAUUUUUACUUAGUGUUUGUGAUUUUUAGCCACGUUUAUUUUUUAUCCUCUUCCUCCUCGACAGAAAUAUCACAAAAAUGAUUUGUUGAAGUAAUUGCCAUUUUUUAUUUUUCUUCAAGAUGCCAGUACAAUUCUCACUAUCAAUGAAGCAACGGAUAGCGAAUAUGUUAGCCAAUCGUAUUGCAGAAUUUGUGAUGAUACCAUUUUUCACUGCUUUGCUUUUGCCAAUGACUUAGCAUUUAUCUUUCUUUGGAAGUAUAAUAAUACUACUUCAUUAUACAAUGUACUUGUAAAUGUCAAUAUUCAUGUAAAAAUCUCUUUCUUACUUUACAGGAAGCAAUCACAAGAAUGGUAGACAAAUGGAGGUUUGUAUUUAUGAGUGUGCAGUUGGUUGGACACUGGAUGGAUGACAUAACAUGCACCUAGUACAAGGCAACUGGAUAAUGGAGAAGACAGACAAGAGGGCAAACAAGACAACUGACUAGGCAAUAGACAGGGCAAACUAGAGCUUGCUGGAUGACAUCACCUAGUACAAGAACCUUGUUUAGAAGAGAAUGGAGAGGAUGGAUUAAAGGGCAAGUGAUAUGAGACAUCAUGUGCACCUGGUGCAAGAGUUGGGCUGAGGAUUGUGGAGAGCCUUGUCAUAUCUGGUUUGUAUUGCAUGAUGUUUUAAUUGACUAGAAAUGGUAUAAUUGUUAUUUUAAAACAUCAUAGUUUAAUAUUAUCUCACUCUUUAAAUAAUAGCAAUAAUAAUAACAUCUAAAUCCUGAUGUCAAAAACUAAGUUAAAAUUUUUGGCCCUGCCCAGGAGGCCUGAAUGUGGGGUACAGCUGGCCUGGGGUUCUCCUCCUAGGAGCAAGUGGACGUACAGGGAGGUUUUUCACCCAGCUGUUGUCCCACAACCCCCAUUCACACAACAUUUCGUUAAACAUGAGAAUAGAACUGAAAUAUUGUAUAUCACAUAAAAUUCACAUUAAUUCAACUACCCAGUUGCUGUAUGACUAAAAGAACUUUCUUAUGAUAGCUGUGGGUUUUUGGGAAACAAAUUGCAACCUUCAGAAAUUACUUUUAAGUAUUGUAAGGGGUUCAAGAAAAUAGUCUGAAAUUUACAGAAUGAAAUAUUUGCCUUUUAACAGGAAAAAUUAAUUUUCACCGGUCUCUUAAUAAGGAUAGGUGGAAUGUUCAAAAUUCUUUUACAUUUAUAUGCAUCUAGACACUUUUUCAGUCAUGUGACAAACUGAAAUUAAUUAAUUGAUUUCCUUAAAGUUAAACUCCACUUUUUUAUUAGUAAUAAUUCCAGUGUGUGUGCCACCAUUGCACAAACAGAGGCCAUUGGGAAGUGUCAUUAAUCAGCAUUACAUUUAUUUGUAGCGUUUGUUUUAUUGGAUAAAUCAAUUAUUCGGUCAAGGAAUGUUAAGUUUCAGUCUUCAAUUUGCAAAUUUUAUUCCCCAGCAAUUGUUUAUUCAACCAGUUAGUUUAGUUUAACAUUUCCACUAUGAGAUUCCAUUGAGUAGUGGUUUUGUUUUCCAAAGAAACCAGCCAACAUUUGGAGAUGCCACGGUUUUUCCAUUGGAGAACAGAAAGAACUUUUGGAAUAGCUUUCAAACAUCCUAGGAGCGUAUUUAAGAGAGCAGACUAUUGGUUACUAUCACAUUCUCUUUAAUUAUGCUCAGAUUAUUAUUUAAUAAUAUGCACGUCCACAUUUCUUGGUGUUACAAAAGUUCCUUCGUAAAUAUCAGUUGUUAGUUUGUUUGUUUGUUUUGUUUUGUUUUUUUUUUUUUCACUCUAGGUUCUUGCUCCUUAGCGAACUAGCACGUUGCUAGUUGCAGCUAGUAAUGUGCCGUUAUAAAAAAACUCGUAAAAAAUUAGGGUUAUUACUAACUCUUUCUCUUUUUCGGAAUUUUAUUGUAACACCAAGUAAAAUAGGGCUGUUAUGUUUUUAAAGUGCUAAUGGGCUCGCAUUUUUUAUUUAAAAUUUUAACUUCUUAUUUACUUUCAGAUCCUAGGUGGCACACUCACAAGAUGAGGAGCCCAUCACUUGGGAAAGGUCAUGUUUAAUCUAGCCAACCUCGCCCCUGCUGGGCUGUGGAAGCUCUGCCUCUGAGAAGGUGUGUUUCUGAUGUCUUCUGAGAUAUUUCAACGGAGAAACCCUGGGAAUCUAUCUGAUUCUGUAAUUCUUGCUGGGGGCAGUUGGGCAACACAAGAUUUGGCCGUUUGUACCUAAGUGGGGAGGACAGUGUGGAGGAAGGUGA